AUGUACAGAUCUCAAUUGAUUAAACAAACUUCUUCAACCAAAAGAGUUUUACAAUUAAAAUAUUUCUCCACUAUUAAUUCUCAAUUAUUAAAUUGGGGAGAAAUUCCAUUAGCACCACCUGAUAAGAUUUUAGGUAUUAGUGAAGCUUAUAACAAAGAUUCAAAUCCUCAAAAGAUUAAUUUAGGUGUUGGAGCUUAUAGAAAUGCUCAAGGUCAACCAAUUAUUUUCCCAAGUGUUAAAAAAGCUGAAGAAAUUUUAUUAACUACUGAAACUCAAAAAGAAUAUACUGCAAUUAAUGGUUCAAAGAAUUUCCAAAAUAUUGUUAAAGAAUUCAUCUUUAAUAAUUCUGGUAAAGAUGCCAAUGGGAAACAAUUGAUUGAAGAUGGUAGAAUUGUUACUUCUCAAACUAUUUCUGGUACUGGUUCUUUAAGAGUUAUUGCCGAUUUCUUAAAGAGAUUUUAUUCUUCCUCCAAGAUUAUUGUUCCAAAACCAACUUGGGCUAAUCAUGUUGCUGUUUUCAAGGAUGCUGGAUUAGAACCAGAAUAUUAUGCUUAUUAUGAUGUUUCUAAGAAUGAUUUAGAUUACGAAAACUUAAAGAAAUCUUUACAAUCUCAACCUGAAAAAUCAAUUAUUUUAUUACAUGCUUGUUGUCAUAAUCCAACUGGUAUGGAUUUAACUCCAGAACAGAUGGAUGAAGUUUUAGAAAUCAUUCAACAAAAGAAAUUCUUCCCAUUAGUUGAUAUGGCUUAUCAAGGUUUUGCUAGUGGUAAACCAUAUGAAGAUAUUGUUUUCAUUAGAAAAUUAACUAAAUUAGCUAAUGAAAACAAAAUCCCAACCUUUGCAUUAUGUCAAUCAUUUGCUAAGAAUAUGGGUCUUUAUGGUGAAAGAACUGGUUCAUUAUCUAUCAUUACUCCAUCUGCCGAAUCUUCAAAAGCUGUUGAAUCUCAAUUAAAGAAAUUAAUUAGACCAAUGUAUUCUUCUCCACCAAUUCAUGGUUCCAAGAUUGUUGAAACUAUUUUCGAUAAAGAACAUAACUUAUUAAAUUCUUGGUUACAAGAUUUAGACAGUGUUGUUGGAAGACUUAAUACUGUUAGACAAGCCUUAUAUGAUCGUUUAGAUAAAUCUAACUAUAACUGGGAUCAUUUAUUAAGACAAAGAGGUAUGUUUGUUUAUACUGGUUUAAGUGCUGAACAAGUUAUUAGAUUAAGAAAUGAAUAUAGUGUCUAUUGUACUGAAGAUGGUAGAUUCAGUAUUUCUGGUAUUAAUGAUAAGAAUGUUGAUUACUUAGCUAAUGCCAUCAAUGCUAUUAUUAAGAAGUAA